AUGACGAGACCUGCAUUUGAACAUCUCCCUUUGCGUAAAGGCGACCCGCCCUUCUCCGCCUGGUCCCUGUACGGGCCGGACGACCAGUUGGGCACACUGAACAUAUUGACGCCAGACGUGGUGACAGCCGCGGCCAAAGAGAUCACCACGGGUGUACGCAUAGGUCUCGAUGCCCCCGUGGACUAUCUUGCCCGGCCUCCGCACGACAGGAAACCCUUGACACACACCGUCAUCCACAAGGCUCCUCGAGCUGUGCACGACGACUUGCUCGACUUCAACACUCAGAUAUCGAGCCAGUGGGAUGGAUUCCGCCAUUUCGGGUAUCAAAGCCUGGGGCUGUUUUACAAUGGUGCCAAAGUGUCGCAGUUGUCGGGGCCUGAAGCGACGGCGAAUCUAGGAAUGCACGGUAUCACCACCUCUGUCACUCCGCAUACUCCUCAACCUGCAUGA